GGUCAUUAUCAUUCCUUAUGAAAAGGAAGGUAACCCAGAAGCUUGCUAUUCAGAAGGCUAUGACAGAUGCAUUCCAGAAACUGCUGAUUGUGGUUUUAGAAAUUUCCAAGGAAACUCUAUUUCUUACCUUGAUGAAAGUAUAUGGAAGGCAUACCACUGGGCUGAGAAGCUGAUCUUACCUAGCCGUAUGGGCUGCUGCCUCUGCCAAUUUAAAAAUACUAUUGAGGUUGUCUGUAAGACAGUCAAGCUGCGUUGUGACAGUGAAUGCCUGACAGACGUGACACCUUGUGAUGAAGAAACAUCUAUACAGAAUGCAGAAGGAUCGUUGAUGAAGGUGUUACAAGCCCGCAAGAAGAACACCACCACUGAGCUGACUAUUGAGUCAGAGAGGGCGUCAUCAGAUAAAAGUGCUGUCACCUUGUCAGGCUUCAUGAAUGAGCAGCUGGACUUUAAGAAUAAAAGUGAUAUUAUCAGUACACUAAAUGACAUACUGCCUUAUACCUCAGAGGGAAAUCUAGGAGAUGUGGAAUCAACAUUAUUCCCAUUCAUUCAACUUCUUUUCUCAAAUACACCAGAUGGAGAUAUGCCGCAGGGCCUUUUGAAAGGCAAUACAAGGAGCCCUUCUGUUAAACCUGUACCCAAGAAUUCAACUCAUAAAAACAAAUUGAGGAAACUCCAUUUUGUGGAACAUUUGUUAGAUGCAGAAACUCAAGAAAAAAUUGAUGAGGUUAAAAAGGAAGAAAAACCUGCCACGCGUACGCGUUCCAACAUUUCAAGUGCCACGUUUAAAAGCUACAUCUUUCAAAAGAAAUUGCAAACUGCCCAACCACAGAAAGACAGCCUCGCAAACACUGAGAGUACAGAGGAAAGGCUGCUGAGAGUGAACAGGGUCCUCAAGGGCCCAAGGGGCAUACAGAAAAUGCACCUCAAAGCAGUGGGAGAUGAGAGCGUCAGGGGGAAACAGAAUGCCCAGCCAUCUGAGGCGAACACUGCUGAAGAAAGAAGGCUCAGGAGGCCAUCCCCAAGAAAGCUGAAACAGCUUCUCAUGGUUCAGAGUCCCAGGAAGCUGGUGGGAAAGUCCUCCAAUGCAGAGUCUUCAUUCAUAAAGGAACACAAGGCAGCAGGCUCCUCUUCCCGGAAACAGUACUUCAAGGGCAGGCCUUCUGCCUCCAUCCCUCCAAAAUCCCCAUCUGAGGUUAAAAGCACAUCAAAAGACUUAUCCAACACUCUUCAUGUUUUAGAGGAUGCGAAGGCUAGAACUAGAAACAUUAAGGACUUCGAACUAAUCUCACAUUCUGGAAAAAAAUACAUCUUCCAUAAAAUUAGGUCUCAUCGGGUCCACAGAAAACCCAAAGGCAAAAGGAGUGGAAAGUUCAGAAAGAAAAGUUCACUCACUAGAAUGAUGCUUGCAAGCCCUCCGUUCUCUGUACUGAGGAGUCUCAUAAAUUCCCCUCCACGAGAGGCUGUUUCAUCUUCAGGAGAAGUGACUUCUCAGGAAAAGCCUUUUCCAGAAUUAUUUUCUCCUUCAGACCCUUCUACAGAAAACACUACUUCAGGAAACAAUACUGCACAAAAUGUUUCUGAAGAAAUUAUUUCUACAGGAAACUCUACUCUGCCAGGAGGAACCGGCCCUGGAAACACUACCCAUAGGAACGUGUCCACUGCACAUUCUACUGUUGCUGCAGACAACAGUAUGCCAACUGUUCAACACACCAACCAAACACGAUGGGAGUACCACAACACGGGCACUGAAUUAUCCUCUAAGCCCACAGGCUUCGCUUUCCCAGGGCUCACAUCCCCGGGUGAUCAAGUUGAAACUCAGCUAAACCAGCAGCUACGGUCCCUCAUCCCCAACAAUGACGUGCGAAGGCUCAUUUCUCAUGUUAUCCAGACUUUAAAAAUGAACUGCUCGGAGACCCACGUGCAGCUGGCCUGUGCCAACCUCAUCUCUAGAACAGGCCUCCUGAUGAAGCUUCUCAGCAAGCAGCAAGAAGUAAAUGUGUCCGAAGCGGAGGGGGAUACGGACCAGUGGAAAGCUGACAACUACAUCAGUGACAGCACAGAAGCCCAGAGUGAGCAGAAAGGGCAGGAGUCAACUGAGCUCACAAAAGAAGUUCCAGCAUAUGGCUAUAACAACAGACUCAUCUUGGCAAUAUCCAUAUCUGCAGUAGUGACGAUUUGGGUUACAAUUCUCUGUCUCGUUGAGAUUUAUUCUCAUAGAAUUGCAAAUGAGGAGGAUAAAAAAAGAAGCAGAAGGGGCUUUUUUCGAUUUCUGCGGCGUAAGAGAAGCUCAGGGGAAAGUGAGAGUCAGGAGGGCGAUUUCGGGAGAAGGCGGCCACUUUGGCUUAAGGAUACCUAUAGGCCCCUCAACGCCACAUGCAUGGAAAACAUGGCACAAAAGCUACACGACAGGGAGUCUUCUGAUGAGGAUGAGAUAUUCUAUAAGGAUGCAGGGGAAGUCAUCAAAGCCCCAGCAGAGAAGCUUCUGGCUGCCUAUUGGAUUGAUGAAGAGGCGGGUGAGGAAAGUGAGACAGCACACGAGAUUGCCACAGAGUUAGUCUCUCGUUUCACCUGGAUUGGUAUAACUGUCUUCUGAUUGGUGUUUCCAUCUCUACCCUCUGCCUUUCUAAGCCAUGCUCCACGCAGUCACCAGAUUAAAUCUCCGGAAGUGCUUCUGAAAUACCAGCAUCACUUGUGAACUUAUUGAAGAUACAAAUACUCAGCCCUACUGGGGACCUCUUGAAUCAGUAACUAUGGGGGUGGAGCUUGUGUUUUCACAAGCCCUCCCAGUGGUUGGUUCCAUUGCAGACUAAAGCUUGUCCUAAAGCCCUGCUGUGGUAACAUGGUAGCUUGGCGUGUUAUCCUUGGCUUGGCCUCCAAAGCCCUAGAUGAUCUGGCUCUCAUCUCCUACUCUUCCCACUUGUACUCUACAGGUACUCAGAGUAUUUUUCCUGUGUUCUGCCUUUCUCCCACUUGCCUUUUGAAAGCUUAUUCUUCCCAGGAUGUCUGUCAUUGAUACCCAAUGGCCCUUCGAGGUCCCAUUUAAACAGCAUUGCUCUGGUAACAUCUUCCCUGAUCCAAUUUGAAGUCUUUUUUCCCUCUUUUGUGCUCCAAUACCAACUUAUAGCUCUCAUUGCCCAUAUUCAUUUAUUUCUUUAAAUAUAGCUAUUUUUGCAACCCAUUUCCUCUGAGCAUAAACUCCUUCAAAGUAUGGACUAGAUACUGCUUAUGUGCAUCAUCUAUCAUGUUUAAAGCCUACGUGUGGACAUAAACCAAACUCAAAUAUUUAUAAAAUCAACAAAUAGCUGGGGAGUGGAUAGAAGGAGGAAAUGACUGUUUUAAAAGAAAUGUGAUUUUAUUACUUCAUGGUGCCUCCACAGCACUUUGUCAGUAUGGUUUGAGUUAUAUGUUUAUUUUCCCUGUGAGAUCAUGAGCUGCUAAAAGGAAACCUGUCUUACCCGCCGUCGUGUUACAACACCAGGCAUAGUGCUUGUUAGCAUACUCUUUUUUCGCUUUUUUAUUGAUUGGCAUUUUUUUUAAGAAUCAGAAUACUUAUGCUAACAUGAAAUAAUCAGAUUAUAAAGUAUUUCAUAGUAGAAGUAAUGAAGGGCCUAGUCCACUGAGCACUUAUCUUAUUGGUUUUUCUCCAAACUGUGUUGGUAAGGUUUGGAGCCCAGAAGGCAUGGAAGGGACUAAUAUAAAGGUGUUGGCCCCUUAAGGCUUGGAAGGUUUGAUAAUUAAAACAACUAUUUUUAGGGUCAUGUGAGUCUCUUUAUACCCACUUCCCUUAAGCCUUUUAUGUUUGCAAGAAGAAUCUAUUUGCUAAAGAGGAUCAUUAAUUGGCUUAAUAAGGAUUAAUGACAUACACAGCUUUGGAUGCCAUGGACAAAGGACAAAAACUGAGCUUUUAUAGCGAAAAACACUGUUAUCUCCUUAUCCCUAAAUAAAAAGAAAUACUAGGCAAACAGUUCCUCUUUGAUAAAGAAGCUGGAGAGGGAAUUCCCUGGCUGUCCAGGGGUUAGGACUCGGCGCUUCGACUGCUGGGGACCUGGGUUCAAUCCCUGGUCAGGGAACUAAGAUCCCAGGUGUCCUGUGGUGUGGCCCCAAAACCAAAACAAACAAACAAAAGAACCAGAAAAAAAAAGGCUGUAGAGAUUUUUGUUAGGGGCAUUUCUGAUAUGCUGAUUUAGUGUAAACAUUUCUAAAUAUACCACUUAACCAUCAUCUUAAACAUUCUUAAUACUGGUAUCACAAUUCCUGCAUUGAAAUCCUUAACAACAGUUUGUUCUUUUGGUAACUUAAUGCGUUCUUGACAAUACUGAUUUUUUUUUAAGAUUUUUUUUUUUAUGUGCACCGUUGUUAAAGUCUUUAUUGAAUUUGUUACAAUACUGCUUCUUUUUUUUUAUGUUUUGGUUUUUUAUCCAUGAGGCAUGUGGGAUCUUAGCUCCCAGACCAGGGAUCGAACCCACACACCCUGCAUUGGAAGGCAAAGUCUUAACCACUAGACCACCAGGGAAGUCCCUUGACAAUACUGUUUACAUAAUUCAUCUGCUUAAAUAUUUAAUAUUUAAAUGUGAAUUUAAUUUAGAUUAAAUUAUCAAAGUUAUGAGUUAAUGGCAUUCAUAUUAAUGUAAGUGUUCUAUACUUUUUUGUCCUGUAGGUUACAAUUUGAGGUUAACAUUAAUUCCUCUCAUUUCACUCAACCAACAUUUUCAACCUUUUCUGUAAAGGCCAGAUAAGUCAAUAUUUUAGGCUUUGCAGGCCACAUACAGUGUGUGUCACUUAUUUUUCUUCGUUUCUUUUCUUCUCAUUUACAGCCCGUUAAAAAUCACUUUUAACUUAUGGGCUGUAUAAAAACGGACUGUGGGUCAGAUUUGAUCCAUAGGUCAUAAACAAAAUAUAAAUACAGAUGGAGAGUAUAUGAACACUUAUAUAACAAUGUUCAUAUGGGAGUCUAUAAUUGCUCAGACCUCAUUACCACUUUUCCUCUACAACUAAAGGGUAUUUUUCUAUCUAUACCUUGCCUAUAUAAUUAAAAAAUUAAAAAUGAAUAGGAGAUAUUUAGGGCUAGUGAUGGGCUGGGGCCCUACACAGACUUACAGAGCUGUAGAAGUUUAUUGCUAGAAGAAAUUGAAGAGAUUACCUAACUUGAACCCCUUAAUUACUUUAUAGAUAAUCUACUUUAUAGAUAAGAACUCAUAAAUAAAUAUGAUUAACUUACAAAUAUCGGAGGGAUAGCAAGCCUUCAAAUGAGUCCUUAUGUAAUUCAGUCAAAUCAUUUUCACUGAGAUUUCUGAAAAAUGAAAAGGUUAUUUCUGGAUCAAAAUGCAAAAUAACUACAACUAUAUACUACAUAGGACUAACUCCUAUAUGUGCAGGAAAGCUGGGUAAUGGUGCCUCCUAAACAACCGAAUUCUUAUUUAAUUUAGGGAUGGUGAUUUCUGCUCUGUUUUCAUUUACACCUUCUUUACACGUCCUCUUUUGUGUCCAUCUCUCUCCAUCACGCAUGUGCGCGCACGCACACACACACACACACACACACACACACACCCCACCCACUCUUCCCACCGAAUCAUAUAGUUAAUGCCUACUGUCUAGAUCACGAAGUCUCUGUUAGAACCCAGCUCUGGGUGGCAGCAACGUUGCAGAGCUGCCCUUCCCUCCUCUCUUGCCCCAAACCUUAUUGGGAAGCCCCACCCAGAACUGCAUCAGGGCAAAUGAAGCCAUCUGAUUUUUUCCCCCAUUAAAAUUGUUUGGAAAACUAAAAUGUGCAUAAAAUAUACCUAACUGUUAAUAAUUCAAUUGAACAACUGUUCCCCACGUAACACGAUUCAUGUCAAGAAAGAAUCCUGCCAGCAUCCCAGAAGCCCCCCGUGUGCCCUUUUCCAAUCACAACCCUCUCUCUGACUUCCUAGAGGGAACCACUAUCCUGACUUUAAGAAUAAUUUCCUUGCUUUUUAAAUGUAGUUUUGCCUUUUCUCUAUCAGCCAUAAACAACACAGUUUCGUCUUGCUUGUUCUUGAACUUUAUAUAAGUGGAAUCAUAUUAUAUGUAUUAUUUUCCACAUUGCUUCUUUCAUUCAACAUUAUUUUGUAAAAUUAUUUUAUUUUUGCCUGUAGUAUGUAGUGUUGCAUGUCCAACUACAUGAGGCUUCUGAGUAUUUGAAAGUGGCUAAUGUGACUAAGGAGUUGAAUUUUUAAUUUAAUUACUUUCAAUUAUUUCAAAAUUAAAAAAACUGAUACUCAAUGUAAUUAUUGGAAAAUGUUUAUGUUAGCAACAAUUUGCAUAUGUGAUACUACUUUUUCGAGUGUAAAUUUUAUGAAAUCUAAAUACCGAUCAAGUAUUUGUAAUAAAAUUUAGCAACCAAAUUGUGAUUUCAAAUAGUAUGGGAAAAAAUGUAGAUUCUCUCAUUAAUUUUUAUAUUGAUUACAUGUAGAUAUGAUAAUACUCUGGAUAUUUUAAAAUACUUAGUAUGAAAAAAACGUAGAAUAUCUUAUUAAUAAUGCAUAUAAUGAUUACAUGUUAAAAUCAUAGUAUUUUGGAUA